AACAACCCCUGUGGAACGUGUGGUAUUUCCCUGAUUGUGCUAGCGGCUCAUACGUCAUACGUUGUGUGACAUUUCUGGUGGCAGUGGUGCGGAUAUGGAUGCUAGCACAUCAGGGAACUACUUGGACCUUACAGCUCAUGAGCUCUCCGAGCUCCGGCUACCCACGCUGCAACGGCUCUGCCACCGGUGGGGUAUUGACCCAGAGGGGAAGCGGAGACACGAGCUGAUGGAGCUACUCACCCAUGCUCAGCCUACCCAAGAAGGCGACACCCAGGGGGACCCGGAGACUCCUGAGGGGGGAGAAGAGAUGUGUAACUUGCAUCAAGAUGCAGCGGGGGGAGGUGAGGACAGCACUCUCACUAUGUUCCAUAAACACUUAGCUGCCAUUGGCCCAGGCCUGUCCCCAGCAGAACGGCUAGAGGUAUGGCGCCUUACUUUGCAGGCCAAUCAGCCUGGGCCCUUGAGCUCUGGGCCUGCUGUGGGGUCACCCAAUGCUCAGCGGCGAGUGGUGAAAUUGACUCAUGCUGCUUUCCCCACAUUUGAUGAAUGUAAGCAGAGCAUAGACGGUUUCCUUCGCUCCUUUGAAGGUUUGUGUGAGGACCACCGAGUCCCUCAGGAGGAGUGGGUGCUUAUCCUGGCGGGUAAGCUCACAGGCAAAGCUAAUGAAGUUUAUCAGGAAAUCCCAUAUCCUCAGAGGGCGAAUUAUGGGGAAGUACGGCGGAUACUUUUAGCCAGCUAUUCCAUUACGCCUGAUUCCUACCGGAGAACAUUCCGUAGCCUGGUUAAAAUCCCUCAAGAUACCUACCAGAACUUUGGUGGGAAACUACAAAGGGCAUUUCGCCACUGGAUACGUGGCAACAAGACCCACACUCUGGAAGACUUAUGCCAGCUUAUCCUUAAGGAACAAUUCCUUGAACGAUGCCCCACUGAGGUACGGGAGUGGGUAAGUGACCGCAAGCCAGGCACCCUAGAUGAGGCCACCCAGCUAGCGGAUGAGUAUAUUGAGAACCGCUCCCAGGCCUGCCCCCUUACCCUUGCUUCAGGUACUAUGGUCAACACCCCUGGUCUGGACCGCCCCCAGCCUCUGCGGUUAAACCAUUUACCUAAUCGCACCCUCUCAGCACCUACUCGCGCAGCCACACCCCGGACCUGUUUCCGUUGUGGAUCUCUGGCCCAUUUAUCUCCAGCCUGCCCUUUAAAUCUACGUCCUGCCCCGCCAGGGCCCACAGGGAGGCUCUCUGCACCUCGGCAGGUCGCUGCUGUCUCUUCACCAGGACCCAAUAUUCGUCAGCAGGUUAUCCAGACAGUACGGCAGCUUACCACAGACCCAGCGGUUGCCCCUCCCAGGCCGAGAGAGGAUGUAAUAGAGGAAUAUGUUGUCUUGGGGAUGGGCUGGAACAACAGUGGACAGCCCAGAAAACAUGUACUUCCUGUCAGGAUCAAUGGUAGGCAGGUGGAGGGGUUCUUAGACUCAGGAUCAUUUAUUACCCUAGUGGAGCCCCAUAUUGUCUCUGCAGAUGCAGUGAUUCCUGGCAAAACUGCCCGCAUUGUUCUGGCUGGGGGGCACAAACAAGAUAUUCCCAUAGCCCAGGUCACCUUGGAUCUAGGACACGGACCGUUUACUCAUCGAGUUGGCAUACUGCGACAACUGCCUGCUGAGAUCCUCCUGGGCAAUGAUGUGGGCCAUAUUGAAUGCAGCCUCUCCCGAAAUACUAAUGAAGUCAACGCUGUCUCCAUGGAUGCGCCACAAGGGGUAAGAGAACCUGCAGCUGACUGUGACAGUCCCCCUACCCCUGACUUGCUCCACCCCACUACCUUUAGGGAAGCUCAGCACACUGACCCUACCUUAGAAUGUAUACGAAUUAAGGCAGGGAAACCCCCAAAUGAGCGAGGGGAACAGAUUGUUUGGGAGCGGGGGCUACUCUAUAGGAUUGUGAAGGGGAACCCCAACCAGCCAUGGAAGUGUUCCCGACAACUUAUAGUACCCCUGAGUUACCGGGCUCAGCUUCUUCACAUGGCCCAUGAGAUCCCUUUAGCUGGACACCAGGGGGUUACCCGUACUCGACACCGAUUGACCCAAAAUUUUUACUGGCCUGGCAUCUCACAGGAGGUGACGCGGUACUGCCGCACAUGUGACAGCUGUCAGAGGACUGGCAGGGCUAAUGAUAAGCCCAAGUUUCCCCUCUGCCCCUUGCCCAUCAUCAGUGAGCCCUUCCAACGGGUGGCAGUUGAUCUUAUUGGGCCCCUUAGCCGGCCAAGCCGUUCUGGAAAACAGUAUAUCCUCACUGUAAUGGAUUAUGCCACCCGGUACCCAGAAGCUGUAGCAUUGCGUAAAAUUGAUGCCCCCACAGUGGCUGAUGCCCUUAUCCAGAUUUUCAGCCGGGUGGGCUUUCCUAGUGAAAUAUUGUCAGACCAGGGACCCCAGUUCACAUCCCAACUACUGCAAUGCCUGUGGCAGCGUUGUGGGGUCCGGGCGAUCCACUCAUCCCCAUACCACCCCCAAACAAAUGGUCUUUGUGAGAGAUUUAAUGGGACACUAAAGACCAUGUUACGGACAUUUGUGGAAUCUGGCGAGAAGGACUGGGAGCGUUAUUUGCCCCAUUUGCUAUUUGCCUAUCGAGAAGUUCCCCAAGAGUCCACAGGAUUCUCUCCCUUUGAACUGUUGUAUGGUCGAAGGGUCCGAGGCCCCUUAGAUUUACUAUGUGAAUAUUGGGAAGGGGCCCCACAAUCACAAGAGGUCCCCAUAAUCCCCUAUGUAUUAAAGUUCCGCCAGCGUCUGGAACAAAUGACCAGCCUGGCACAUAAUCACCUCUCCGCAGCUCAGCAAAGACAGAAAGUGUGGUAUGACCGCAAGGCCAGGGAACGCAGGUUUAUGGAAGGAGACAAGGUGCUUCUCCUAGUACCCACACGUCAUGACAAGCUCCAGGCUGCAUGGGAAGGACCCUAUGUGGUCACUCAUAAGCUUCAUGAUACAACCUAUGUGGUAACUCCCCCCGAGGACCCAUCUCACUAUAAGACUGUCCACAUAAAUAUGAUGAAGCCUUAUCACAUCAGAGAGGACAUUGUUAGUGCCAUAUGCAGUGCACCAGUUGAAGGUACUGAUGAUCCUCCAAUCCCCAACCUUAUUGAGGAGGCCACUCCAGCCAGGGGAAUAGAUGCAGUUACCAUAAGUGACCACCUUCACCUAUCUCAACAAGACCAACUUCGUAAAAUUUUACAUUCCUAUUCUCCCAUGUUUUCGGCGAACCCAGGGCGCACCCACUGGGCUGAACAUAAAGUUGAUACAGGAACUCAGUUACCUAUACGUAGCCCUGCUUACCGAGUGGCCGAAGCAGUUCGGCCAGAGAUGAAAAGUCAGAUAGAUGAGAUGUUGGCCUUUGGGGUUAUUACUCCCUCCCAUAGCCCAUGGGCUUCACCUGUGGUGCUGGUGCCCAAGAAAGAUGGUAGUACCCGAUUCUGUGUGGACUAUAGACGACUUAAUGAUGUGACCACCACUGAUGCUUACCCAAUGCCCAGGGUAGAUGAGCUCUUAGACCGGCUGGGAAAUGCAAAAUAUUUGACUACCCUUGAUCUCAGCCGCGGUUACUGGCAGAUUCCCCUUGCCCCUAGUGCCCAGGAAAAGUCAGCCUUCCUCACCCCCUUUGGUUUAUAUCAUUUUACGGUAAUGCCCUUUGGUAUGAGAAACGCGCCCGCAACUUUCCAACGCCUGGUGAACAGGCUGCUGGAGGGAAUGCAGGACUUUGCUCAGGCCUAUCUAGAUGACAUAGCUGUCUUUAGCCAGACUUGGGAGGCACAUCUCCAGCACCUCCAGCGAGUUUUUGCUCAAAUUCAGGAUGCUGGGCUUACCCUUAAGCCAGAAAAGUGCCACUUAGCCAUGGCCGAGGUACAAUACUUGGGACAUAGAGUUGGGGGUGGACAGCUUCGCCCUGAUCCUGCUAAAGUUGAGGCAAUUUGUCAGUGGCCUAUACCCAAAACUCAAAAACAGGUAUUAGCCUUCUUAGGAACUUCAGGUUAUUAUCGGAAAUUUAUCCCUAACUAUAGUACUGUUGCCAAACCCUUGACAGAUCUGACAAGUCGCCAACGUUCUCGAACCAUUGUGUGGACCCCAGAAUGUGAGUCAGCCAUGAACGCUCUAAAGCAAGCUCUGGCUAGUUCCCCUGUGCUGGCGGCCCCAGAUUUCUCCCGGCGCUUCAUUUUGCAGACUGAUGCUUCCAAUUUUGGCCUUGGAGCAGUACUUUCCCAAGUUAAUACCUAUGGUGAGGAGCACCCCGUUGCCUACCUGAGCAGGAAACUGUUACCCCGAGAGGCUGCCUAUGCCACCAUUGAAAAGGAGUGCCUGGCAAUUGUAUGGGCUUUACAAAAACUGCAGCCCUAUCUGUAUGGCAGAGAAUUCACUGUUGUGACAGAUCACAACCCCCUCAGUUGGUUACAGAGGGUCUCAGGAGACAAUGGGAAACUUCUAAGAUGGAGCCUCCUGCUUCAACAGUAUAACUUCACCAUUCAACACCGAAAGGGAAAAGAGCAUCACAAUGCAGAUGGACUCUCACGCCAGGAGGACUAACCGACCAGCGGUGGUUCCUGAGGCCCUCCCUAAUAAAGGGGAGCCCCAGGGAAACCACCUGCACCAGGGGGGAGAAGUGUGACCAAAAAACCCUUAUACUGGCCCCAUGUUUAGCCAGUGCAUGAUCUAGCCAAGAUGGUGGCAGCCCAUUGUUCUGUUUUC